CAGAUACCUUGCCAUGUCAGAUUCCUUUUCAGAUCUAUGGAAUUCCGCUGCUCCGACCACGCCGGCCCCCCGGAAACUAGGAUCGCCAUCGCCUCGGCCAACGGCUAAUCGAAGACCUCAAAAUGAUCUCUUCUCGAUGUUUUCUUCAACAUCCAGCCCGUCAUCGUCUCGUCCCAUCACUCCUGGUAACAUUCAACAGUCUACAUCACAACCUCGAUCGACAGCGGGCUCUUCGAUUGGGGGGGAUGCGUUUAGUGGGCUGCUCGGCGGCUCGUUGAGUGCAAACAGCACCGAGUCAUCGAAUCUGACGAUGGCUGAACGUGCCAAGCAAGCUGAGCUCGCCAAACAGCGGACUGUGAUUUCGCAAGCACCAGCCUCAUCCUCAUCCUCUGCUUGGGCUGGGCUGGAUAGUCUCGUCUCUACGUCCUCGUCGUCAGCAUCCCCAGCGCCACGGAUAUCUACGAGCUUACUGGAUGAUGAUUGGGGGUUCAACUCGCCGCUGAUACCCGCCGCGACGUCUCCACCGAAGCAGACAGUUCCAUCUUCAGUCCUCAUCGUCAAUGACGACGACGAUGACUGGGGUCUUGGUCUCGGUUCUGCAACAGUCAAGAUUACGACGCACCCUGCUAAGAACGCGAGUGAGGACAACGGGCGGAGUGCGGGCACCCGAUUCCAAUCCUCUCUGGGCGACACGCCCUCCCCCGCAAGCAGCUCUCAGGGUGCACUUUGGGACAAAUUAGAGGAUUUUGAAUCUUCGACCACUCGGGAUGCGUCAUUUUCAGAAGACGAUCUCGGCUCUGGCCAAGAUGAAGGCAGAAGGGACGAUGGGGAUCUUCUGGGUGAUCUAGGAAAACCUGUUUCUCAUGUGACGUCUGAACGGGCAAUGCCCUCUAGGGAUACGCCAUCCCCAGCCGCUCCUGGCAGACCUCAAGGACGCACAAUGCGCGCAAACUCACCGCCGCCUCACGUUCUCGGCCGGCUGAUUGAGAUGGGCUUCACUAUCUCGCAAUCACGAGCAGCUUUGGCACGAGUGUACGAAGAUGGCAGUUGGAAUGUAGAGGCUGCCAUCGACGACUUGCUAGCCACAACUGGUGGAGCAGAGGGCAGCUCGCGGCGUGAUCAUCCCAUCCAGCAACACGUUGCGCCGCCGCCUGUUAGACGGCGUACUUCAGAGCGACCAUCGGAACGUAACUCGCCCCAACCGCCUGCAGCCAACGAUUUCCUUGCUCGUACUACCGAACUCGGAUUUAGUCUUUUCAAAAAUGCAGAACGGGCGUUUCAGCAAGGAAAGGAACGUGUUCAGAAAGCCUACGAGGAGCAUCUGUCGACAGAAAGCGAUCGGCAGAAUGAACCGUCUGGGCGCCCCAAGUGGAUGCACUCGGACGUCGACGACUCAGAAUCCCCGGCGGAACGCAGUCAGAGAAAGCAGACGUUCAGGGACGACGAUGACGCAUGGGGCGAGGGACCGAGCAAACCAACGACUCUAUCAUCGAGCUCGCCAAUCCCUCAAGCGACGGGCCUGCUCAUCGCAGAUGACUCCCCACCUAUCAAGAAACCGUAUGUCUCUCGAUUCCGGCAUGCCACGGGACGGAAUCCAGAGCCGCAAUCCACGUCUGGGCCACGUGGAGUACCAGGGCCUCUUCCUAUUACUGUGAUCCCUGAGAGGCUUGGAGUGGCAGUUAGCCCUGAUGCUAUGCAACGUUCCAAGGGCCAUGCUGCCUCGGCUCAAGAAAAGGCUGCUUUGGGACAAUAUGGUGCUGCUCAGAGUGCUUACACUCUGGCCGUAGAGGCCUUGCCUGUUGGCCAUCUGCUCCUCGUGCCGUUGCUCGUUGGGAGAGCUGCCGCUCGGCUUAAAGAAGGUGAUUUCCGGGGUGUAGAGGUCGACGUGGUUACAUUGGAAAAUAUAGCCAGCGAAGGUGGCCGCUCUUUUGGCGCCGAGCGGGUCACCGUUGAGGGACAAAGCAUCGAUAUCGGUUCGGCUGUGCUGGAAGCAUGGAAACGUCGUGCAGAGGCACUCGAAGGCAGGGAAAAAUGGGAAGAUGCCGGCAAAGACUGGGAACGAGUCGCCGGCGCACCUUGGGCGCAAAAAGGAGAUCGGGACGAAGCGGUUCGCGGCGCCGGUCGCUGUCGUAAGAUGCUUGCCCCUCCGCCCCCAAAGCCCAAACCCGCGAUGCCUGCCGUGACCAAGACAGCUGUCAGCUCGUCUCCUUCCGAAGCAGUCACAAAAUUCCGCGAGGGUGUUGCUGCCCAAGAAGAGGAGGACCUAGAAAAACAUCACCUCAAGGAUACUGUCGACGCGAAAUUGAUUGCUUGGAAAGGUGGCAAGGAGACUAACAUUCGUGCAUUGCUGGCCAGUCUGGAUAACGUGUUAUGGCCAGAACUCGGCUUGCAAGCUAGCGGGAUGAAAGACUUGGUCACUCCCGGGCAGGUCAAGGUUCGAUAUAUGAAAGCCAUUUCAAAGCUUCAUCCAGACAAGCUUAAUCUCAACAAAACGACCUUGGAACAACGAAUGAUCGCCAACGGAGUCUUCGGUGCCCUCAACGAAGCGUGGAACGCGUCCAAAUAAUGUUGUUCAUGAGCACUGAGUACUGAGUGCUGAGCACCUGGGUUGUGCGGAGAGGCAAAUCAUUACUAGAAAUUAUAUGUAAUGCUUACGUGACCGGAAUCACAAAAAAUUCGCAAGCGACUGUCCACCUUCCUCUUCUCACCUUUUCCCUCCUACUCUCUUUUCUAAUGGCCGCCCAAGCAACUUUCAAGUCUAUCAAAGCCCUCGUCCCUCUCCUUGACCGCGUGCUUGUGCAGCGUUUCAAGCCAGAAACUAAAACUGCCUCGGGUAUCUUCCUGCCGACGUCCGCAACAGCGAACCCGCUACCAGAAGCCACUGUCAUUGCUGUGGGACCCGGGGCGCCGAACAAAGACGGUGUCGUCGUCCCCACCAUUGUUAAGGCUGGAGACCGUGUUCUACUCCCGGGUUGGGGCGGUAAUUCAAUCAAAGUGGGCGAAGAAGAAUACUUCCUUUUCAAAGACUCGGACAUUUUGGCCAAAAUCCAGGAGUAAUUCUAACAACGGUCUCUGUAGCGUUGGGUGGUUGACUUCGUGGGCGGGCUGGACAACACGGAUUGGUAGCAAUCCUUAAAAUCUAGUUUGGGCGGCGGCUGAAGGCAUUGUUUGGUGUCUUGGAGUUGUGCUUCUGCCUUUUAUCUUCUACAAUGCAUCCCAACUCAAACAUAUAACACCCUACACAAUGCAUACAAGUGGCCCAUCAGGCUGGACUCGAGACCGUGCCCUGACCGCCAGGACAUCGACGUGACAGUUCUGUAGGUGAUGAAAGGAGCUCAGAGCUAUCUGCUAAGCACUGGCAUAACCAAACGUGGUGUUCUAUGAGUUGAAAAGCCACUUGAUCAAUGAGUUUUACUAGUACUGGACACUUUU